AUGCAAGAAAGCUGGAUUGCGCUGAUUAUUAGUUGUGUCUCUCUCGGAGUGACGGUGGCAGGUUUGCUGCUCCCUGUCAAGGAAUGGCUGCACUACUGGUUUCCCCGACUGUUGCCGCAGUCGGACCAGAAUGAUGUGCGCCCUCCAGCCAAUCCCGAGUCAGGUGGUGUGGUCAAUACAGAAGCUCCUGAAAGGGACUAUGUCUUGAAAACACUUGCCUCCUUGACGCGGCGUGUUGAGCAUCUUGAGGCAAUAUGCCUUGUCGAGAGAAUCAAAACUCUAGACUCCCCGACACCAUCUGGCUCAGGUGGUGGUAAGGAUGCUCAGCACGCUGUUAUAGGGGGCACUGACAAGGACGGAAAGGCGCAGGGCAAGAAGGUCGACCGAUCUCAUCUCCUCGGAGACGAGAUCGGUUGA